AUGAGUUGGUGUGACCAAUUGGCAGAUAUAAUAGAUCGAAAACGAGAUCAAGAUGCUUUCCAUGUUGCGCAAUUGAUUAUCAAAAGUGCUCAAUUCGAAGAAAACAGGCUAUUAACUCUCCUGGUUUUAUAUAGAAGGAGUGUUUCACAGGUGGAAGAGCUGGCUGAGAGUUUGGACACGCUUGCUUUAAGCGACUCUAACGUAUUACCCAAUAUCAAUGACGAUUCAAAUUCAGGCGCCACCUGUUUGUCUAGAGAGCAGGCCUCUUUAUUUGCUGUAUUACUCCAUUUGAUACUGAUCCAAGAUUGGACGGGCGAUGAUGCUAGGUUUCCGACCAUGAUCCUACAAUAUACUUACAAUCUGAUGCAUAACUAUCCAAUCAACAAAGUGCUCAUUUGCUCGGAGUCUUUGAAUCGGCAAUUCAGGAGGGCCAGGAGGGAUGAUAUUCCUAGUCACUUACUGGAUGAUUGUCUAAUAGAGUCGACAGAUUCGGAUAUUGACAUGAAGUGGGUGUCUCAAUAUCAUAAAGAUGUUAUUUUCUCCAACAAAGACUCUUCUCUAUUACUGAAAUAUCUGAAACGGGACCAGUUACCUCAGCUGGUACUCCCUAUGGAAUCUCAGAUUAGCGUCAAUGAGCUUUCCCUUGAGAAUCCAAAUCAUGGAUUUACUUUUCAAGCUUGGAUAUCUAUAUCAGAUGGAAGAACUAACAUAACCUCUAUUUUAGGAGCAGAAUCCAUCUCCUUAUUUCAAAUAAGCACAGCGGACAGAGAAUUAUUUCAGAUUGGACUAGUUGGAGAAAGACUAUUUAUCAAACCGAGAAACGAUGACGAUUGUAUUUUUGAAUCUUUCGUUUUUGAACUCAACAAAUUGUACCACAUAACCAUAGUAAAUCAAGGCGACAAUAAGGGUCGCCCUACCAAAGCGGAGUUAUAUGUCGAUGGUGAUUUUGCCCAGACUAUUUACAUUCCGAACCUUUUCCAUCAUCCACCAGACAGUUUUCAAUUAACUAUCUCAAACAUUGAAACUUUUAGAACGAUCAGCCUUUCAAGCCUUCUGCUGAUAAAUAAUGUUCAACCUUAUGAAUGGAUCCAAUUAUCUUAUUGGCUUGGUCCCAAGUAUGCUGGAUUUUUCCAAGAUAGACAGGUGACCAAACUGCUUUCACUCCGUAACAGGGCAUUUUUCGAAAUCAAACUUAGGAAAUAUUACAACCAAGAUAGGCUGAAAGUUACCAAACUACACGAGAAUGGCUCUAAGAAAACAAAUAAUUUAAUUCACUUGGCGACAAAAAGAGGUCUUUUCAAGUUACCUCCUAAUUCCAUCAUUUUAGCUAUACACUCAACUACGAUUUUCAAAGUUGGAGACAGAAUGUUUGCGCCAAAAACUUGCUCAACCAAUCAACUCACUGAUGGUGAUAUACCCGAUGAAAACUGGACUUUGAGUUCAAAUGGUGCUUGCUUGCUCUAUCAACCUUCAUCUAUUCACAAGCUUGUAUAUGCAGUAGGGGGAGGGCUCAUGCUGCUAAGGUUUGUCGAGUCUUCCAGCACAGAAGAGCAGCUGAUUUAUAAUCUCAGCAUCCUUUUUGAAAUUCUAGAGAGUAGCUGGCUUUAUAACUACGAGUUCACCAUUAAGAAUGGGUAUGAUAUUCUUGCUACAAUUUUGAAAACGAAAAGAAAUAUGAUUGGCAUUAAAACUUUGGAUUCAGUGCUUCAUUUUGUGGGCUACGAUCACCAAUCUCCCUUCAAAUCGAUUUUAGUCAACGUGCAGGCGUACAAAAGUCUUAUCGUUGACUUUGAGAUUUGGAAAUCAUCCAAGAAUAAUAACGAAUCGUUCAAGUUUCUUCUCUUUCAAUUCACCGUUUUCGGACAAGACAGCAAGUACCACGACUUCAAUAUCAAACAACUUUCCAAAAUGAAGAUAAUCAAACGAUUUAUCCAGGCCUUGAAAUUUGGCUCAUUUGAAUCCAGUGCUUGUGUCUUAGAUGCACUAACAACCGUUGUAUGCGAUACAUCAACGUCAGCAACGUCCCUUGAUCCUCCCCUAUUCUACAGAAGAGUAGUCAAAUCUUUAAGUGUGAAAUGGGCAUUGUUAAUUUUAACAGAUGAAGAAAUUAAAGUUUCAAUAAAUGCAUUGAAAAUUCUAAUAAGAUUAUUUACUAUGCUUCGAGUCACACAGUAUGAGAAGUUUAUCUCUCAUGCCGGAUUAGAUAUCCUGACCUCUUUUUUACAAUCAAAGUCUUAUGACAAUGAGCUUAUUUCUACGAUAUUCUGUGGAACAUUUGGGUUUCCUCAAACACGAGACUUUGGAAGUAAUCUAAGAGACAUCGUCAACAAUUUAGCUCCUAAAGGAACCAAGCUUCGCAUUUCAAUGCCGGAAUUCUUGUUUCUUCUUGCAAAUUUAUUCAAAGCAUCUGCUAUCAAAACAAUUGAAACCCUUUCAAGAGAUUUAUCUGCAUCUACAUCCAUGCAAUCACUCAAUUUCUUAGCCUUUGCCAAUUCAUUCAUUUAUAUGAUAGUUACAACAUACGGGAAACCGUCAUCUUUGGAAUCUUUCUUUCUAAAUGAUAAAAAAUGGCUGGCGAUGCUGUUGAACAUACUUUUGCUUUUUGAGCUGUCUACCGAAUUCAAAGCAAUACCAGAAAUGGAUGAGAUAAGAAUCUCUAUUGAGAAGCUGCUGAGUGAAAUAUUUAUUAAGAAAAUUUUUGACAAAAAGGCGACUGCCUUUUCUUCUUUCAUGGGUUCUGUUACUGCUGAUUCUAGAACAUUUACUAUUGUCCAUGCUUUUAUUUUUCCGCACGUUCUUGAACACUUGGAGGAAUUUUGCAUCUAUUUACAAGAAUUAACCACCAAACCAUCAUCUACUUUGACCAAUGUGUUUAGGUUUUACGAGAGCUGCUUAAAUGAAGAAAGGUUUAGCAAAUGGACAGGACCUCAAGCUAUAACCUUUAUUGAAAGUAGUUCAAACUAUCUUGAAAUCUUCAGACUGCAUUGCGAUGAUAAAGGGAGGUGGAAAAAUGAUCUACAAAACAUCGGUGAUUCUUUGUGCUCUCUGCUGAUCAGAGAACUUCUACAGGCUACAGUUUCUUUGAUGGAAUCUAAUAACCAAGACUCCCAGUCAAACAUAAAAAGAAUUGCAACAAACUUCAUUUUUCACCAAGAGUUAUAUCUACUCAAGACCAUGCUGGAUAAUGAAAAACUGGCAACAUUCUGUGUUAUCCUUUUCAAGAAUAUUUUCAUCAACGACCCUGAAAUAAGCAAUCUCUGUAUCAACUGUUUGAAAACUUGCUUUUUGGUUAGGCAACCAGACUUCGAACAUAUCGCUGAGCUAAUUGCCGAUGAUGCAGGCGUCGUCAUUCAUUUUUUCACUGGCAUGCUUAGUAUCACUGACGACGAACUGAGAUCUGAAGCUUCUGUUCCAUCUGUACGGACGGCAUUUUUGAAGAAUUUCACCCUUAAAAUGAAUAUUUUGAAACAUCUAAACAAUUCGACUCCAGAUAGCACGUCCACUCUACUUAAAUUGGUUGAUAAAAGUGUCCUUCAAAAGCGGUCUGCUGUUGAAUCUUUCAAAUCAGAAUGCAGUUACUGGACAAAAAUUAUAGUUUCGUCAGAAUUGGCUAAGUAUCAUCGACAUAAUCAAGAUCAUAGAGAUGAUGUUCUUUACUACAUUAACAUGUACAAUAAGUUAAAGAUAAGAACGUCUGUUUCCUUAAAAGUUGGUAACAUAAAGCCUGUAAUGAUGCUGGAUUUGUCAGAAGGGAUGGAUAGAAUGAGAAAACGUAUCUUACCUGACUAUAAUUCAUUGGCAAAGAAGCUGAACACAGAUUAUGCCAAAACAUCGGGUGAUGACAAGACAGAAUUAGUUAAAGAAGAUACGCCUGAUAUCAAAAACUUUGAUGAUACUGAUAGUAUUUCAAGUCAAGAUGGGGAAACUUUUGAAUUUGUUGAAGAACCUGGUGAUAUUGAAGCGCAACAGGAGGAUAAGAACCGAAAAGUAUUACGAAGUUUAAAUCCAGGAGACAAAGUGAACGCAAUAUGGAAUGUUUGCCAGGUCCAUGGUCUAGAAGCGACAGAAUCGGUAAUGAUCCUUGGUGCCUCUCAUAUAUAUCUCAUUGAAAACUAUUACCACUCUCCCAAGGGAGAGAUUAUUGAUAUCGAAGAUGCUGACCUAGAAGAUAGAGACCCAUACAUGCAACUUUUAACAGGUCAAAAACGUCCUGAUAAUUUUGAGAAGGACCUCAAGUCACAUUCAACUACCAACUGGAAACUCAACAUAUUAGCUUCGGUGUCUAAGAGACAAUUCCUAUUCCGAGAUGUUGGUUUGGAAUUAUUUUUUGCCGAUGGGAGUAGCUUUCUGAUAACAUGUAUUUCCCCUUCGGUGAGGGACUACAUCCACUUCAAGCUAAAAGGUUACACAACUCAAUUGCUCGAUCAAGACUUGAGUCAAGCUUUUAGUUUAGCAGCUACAAGCACUGCCCACUUAGAUAAUAACUCGUUUACCUUCAAGCUUACAAGUGCUUUUAGUGGUACCAAUCUGAACAAUUUAACAAUUACCAAGAAGUGGCGAAGGGGAGAGAUUUCUAAUUUUUAUUAUCUCAUGAUAGUUAACACGUUAGCGGGCAGGACAUAUAAAGACCUGACUCAGUAUCCUGUAUUCCCGUGGGUGUUGUCCGAUUAUACGAGCGAUACACUAGACUUGGAUGAUCCCAAGGUUUAUCGAGACCUAACAAAGCCUAUGGGUGCUCAGACUGAAAAGCGAUUGAACUUGUUCAAAGAAAGAUAUGAGGCUCUGCAAAGUUUGGAAGAUUCAAAUGCCCCACCCUUUCAUUACGGUACUCACUAUUCCUCUUCAAUGAUAGUAACAUCUUUUUUGAUUCGGCUAGAACCUUUUGUUCAAUCCUAUUUACUACUUCAAGGUGGAAAGUUUGAUCAUGCCGAUCGGAUGUUUUAUUCCAUCAAUAAAGCUUGGAAUUCUUCUUCAGCGGAUAAUACUUCGGAUGUGAGAGAGCUAAUUCCUGAGUUUUUCUACUUGCCUGAAUUUUUAAUGAACUCAAACAAAUUUGAUCUUGGAACUUUGCAAAGUGGGAGUAAGGUCGAUAACGUUGAAUUACCUCCUUGGGCCAAAGGAGAUCCAAAACUAUUCAUCGAAAAAAAUAGAGAAGCAUUAGAAAGUCCAUACGUAUCUGCGCACUUGCAUGAAUGGAUUGAUCUUGUGUUUGGUUUCAAGCAAAGAGGAAAGCCCGCAGUCGAAGCUUUUAACGUUUUCCAUCAUCUCAGUUACUCUGGAGCGGUAGAUCUAGAUAAAAUUGAAGAAGAGGUUGAGAAGAAGGCUAUGACCGGUAUAAUCCAUAACUUUGGCCAAACGCCACUACAAGUAUUUACAAAACCUCAUCCACCAAGAGACUUACGUGAAAACAUUCACAUUAGCAGAGCCGACUUGGAAGCAUUGGACAAUGGUUUGGUUAGCCAGUUAAAGCGAAUAAAGCCCAUCAAAUGCAUUGUAAAGACGAAUCUCCAAAAUAGUAGGAAGUUCAUAGGAUACCCUACUUCAGUCUGCAGCGAUAGAUUGCAUUAUGUUAUGCCACUUCCACGAAAUGGAUCUCUAUUGAUCAAUGAAGAGAUUGUUGAGGGGUUACAGAACGACUCAAUAACCUGCUUAGUGAUGGUUGGUGACUCCAGUAUCGCAGUUGGAGAUGUGAGUGGUGUGAUACAUAUUUGGAAGAUUGUUUCAACUGAUUUUUCGAAAACUCUAGAACCAUUAGAGCUGAAAGAAGUUCUUAGAGGCCAUGAAAGCGCAAUAAAAGAUCUUAAAGUCUCCCAGAUUUUUAACACUCUUAUAAGCCUAGACGAGGAGGGGAAUUGUUUUAUGUGGGACUUGCUCAAGUUUGAAUAUAUGAGAUCAAUAUGUGAGGAGCUUCCCGUAUCCCUAAUUGAUAUUGAUAACCAUGCCGGCUUUGUGGGUUGUUUGUCGGGAAAUGAGCUGCUACUAUACACAAUCAAUGGUGAGUCAAUUUCAAGUAGCCUCAUAGGAAGCGGAAACGUUGGAAGUAUAUCCUUUGCUCGCAGGAAUGACGAUCUAUUCAACUUAGAGGGGCAAAUCAACCACGAGUACUGGAUUCCUGGUUGCGUACUUGCCGUUGGAUUCGUUUCUGAGGCCAAAUUAUACGGACUAUUCCAUACAGAGAAUAGAUAUGACAUAAGGCUAUUGAAAACCAUUAGCAUGGAUGAAGCAAAUAAAAUAUGCUGUAUUCGGUUUGGACUUUCAAGUGAGUAUAAAGAGAAUACUAGACUUCAUACUAAGCCCAAACUGCUAUGUGGUGAUGACGAAGGCCGACUUUUUGUUGUCGAACAAAUCUAA